AUGCCAUCCUUACGGCGGCUCCCGCGCCGGGGGCUGCCGCCGCUGCUCCUCGUACUGCUCCCGAUCCUGCUCGCCCCCUCCUCCUCUCGCGCCGGCGUCCUCGCCGCUCCGGCCACCGCGAGGAGGCAGCUGCACCAGCCCUUCCUGCCGGACCCGUCCUCCGCCGCGCCGCCGUCGCAGGCGCCGCCGGGCCCGGCGCCGCCCUUCUUCCCCACGCUGCAGGCGCCGCCGCCGCCGCCGGGCACGCCCACCGCGCCGGAGCAGCCCACGUACCCCGCGCUCGUGCUCCCCAACCCCGGCACCCCCGCCGGGAGCGCCACGGCCGCGCCCUCCGACGGCGCCGGGGGCAACAAGUCGUCCAGGAGCUCCAAGCUCGUCCCGGCCAUCCUGCUGCCGCUGCUCACCGUCGCCGUGCUCGGCCUCUCCAUCGCCUUCUUCUUCAAGCGCCGCCGCACCAAUGCCGGCCGCGGGGUCGGGGGCGGCUGCGUCGGCGGCGGGGAGAGCAAGUUCCUGCACCCGGAGCGGGCCAGCCUCUUCGCGCGCGACGAGUUCGGCGGGAGCGGCAGGGGCGCGCCGGCCACCACGGCCGCGUCCACGGCCCCGUCCGCCGAGUCCCUCUACGUGGGCACCCUGGCCGGCAGGGAGGACGGGAAGAGCAGCGACACCACCUCGUCCGGAGACGAGGUGUCCCGGAGCUCCGGCGGGUCGCCGGAGCUGCGCCCUCUGCCGCCGCUGGUGGGGCGGCAAUGCGGGCCGGCCGGGUCGAGGAGCCCUGGCAUCGGCGGGUCCUCCCCGUCGUCCGGGGACGAGGAAUUCUACUCGCCGCGAGGAUCGUCCAAGGCGUCGGGCUCGCAGCGGACGCUCGCCGCGGCGGUCCAGGCCGCCGUGGCCGCGCGCGACCGCUCCCGUACCCCCUCGCCGGGAUCGGCUGUCAGCACGCCGUCGUACCCGUCUUCGCCCGGGGCGACCAUGUCCCCUGCACCUUCCUCCCCGCCUCUCCUGUCCAGCCCCGGCCAGUCGUGCCGCCGCUCCGCCAAGGCAAGAUCCGAGAGCGCGCGCGACGUCUUUGGCAUGCCACCGACGCCUCCACCCCCACCUCCUCCGUUCGCGCCGACACUUCCACCGCCGCCGCCUCCCCGCCGGAAACCACCGUCCCCAUCGCCACCGUCCUCUCCACUCGUGAGCACGCCGCCAGCUCUCAGAUCCGCCACCGACACCAUCUCAAAAAACCCAUUCACCCAGCCACCAGCCCCACCGACAAGCACGCGCGGGCAACCUCCUCCGCCACCGCCGCCUCCACCGCCGCCGUUGGGCUACUGGGAGAGCCGCGUUCGCAAGCCCGGCAUGUCGAAAGAGGCCAUGUCGCCGGCGCUGUCUCCGCCGCCCCAAGCCGCCAAUUCCAGGAGCGUUCCACCCACCGACGCGUUCCCCGGGCGGCUGCAGGACAAUGCGGACCAUGGCGACAAGUCCGAGGAGACCACGCCGCGGCCGAAGCUGAAGCCCCUGCACUGGGACAAGGUUCGGGCCAGCUCCGACCGAGCCAUGGUGUGGGAUCAGCUCAAAUCCAGCUCAUUCCAGGUGAAUGAGGAGAUGAUCGAGACGUUGUUCAUCUGCAAUCCGGCGAAUGCGGCGCCGAAGGAGGCGACAAAGAGGCCGGCGUUGCCGACGCCCAAGGCGGAGAACAAGGUGCUGCUGGAUCCAAAGAAGGCACAGAACAUCGCCAUCUUGCUGCGCGCUCUGAAUGUUACCAAGGAGGAGGUCUGCGAAGCCCUCUGCGAAGGUAACACGCAGAACUUCGGCGCAGAUUUACUGGAGACCUUGCUAAAGAUGGCUCCUACCAAGGAAGAGGAGAUCAAGUUGAGAGAAUUCAAAGAAGAGACAUCUCCUAUUAAGCUUGGCCCUUCCGAAAAGUUCCUUAAGGCGGUUCUUGAUGUGCCUUUUGCUUUCAAAAGAGUAGACGCAAUGCUUUAUAUUGCUAACUUUGAAUCAGAGGUCAAGUACUUGAAGAACAACUUUGAGAUCCUUGAGGCUGCUUGUGAGGAGCUUCGAAACAGCAGACUAUUUCUGAAGCUACUGGAGGCCAUUCUCAAGACUGGCAACAGGAUGAAUGUUGGCACAAAUCGGGGCGAUGCUCAUGCGUUCAAGCUUGACACUCUACUCAAACUGGCUGAUGUCAAAGGCACCGAUGGCAAGACAACCCUUCUGCAUUUCGUCGUGCAGGAGAUCAUCCGAACAGAGGGCUCCCGUCUCUCUGCCAGCAACCAAUCAACGCCAAGAACUCUCGCGAACCCUCUCCGAGACGAGCUUGAGUGCAAAAAGCUCGGCCUCCAAGUGGUGGCUGGCCUCGGCAACGAGCUCAGCAGCGUCAAGAAGGCGGCGGCAAUGGACUCCGACGUGCUAAGCAGCUACGUCGCGAAGCUCGCAGGAGGAAUAGAGAAGAUCACCGAGGUUUUGCGGUUGAAUGAAGAGCUGAACACGAGGGACGACGCGUGGAGGUUCCAUGACACGAUGCAGAAGUUCCUGAAGAAGGCCGACGACGAGAUCCUCAGGGUUCAAGCUCAGGAGAGCGUCGCGCUGUCGCUCGUGAAGGAGAUCACCGAGUACUUCCAUGGCGACUCGGCGAAAGAGGAGGCCCAUCCUUUCAGGAUCUUCAUGGUGGUCAGGGAUUUCCUCUCGGUGCUCACUCAGGUGUGCAGGGAGGUCGGCAGGAUCAAUGACCGCACGAUCGCCAGCUCCGUGCGCCAUUUCCCGGUGCCCGUCAACCCGAUGAUGCCGCAGUUGUUCCCGAGGAUCCACGCGUUGAGAGCUGGAAUCUCCGACGACGAGAGCUCGGUCGCGUCGUCGCCCUGA